AUGCUUCAUUCUACUUCAUCAGCUUCGGUUCUGAUUUUACUUCGGUUGGGAUCUCACGGUGGAACUCGUGGCGGUGAAGAUAGCAAGCCACAACGAUAUGAACUCAGAGUUUGUUGGGAAAAUUGGUUAGGGGUUUGUUGGACUGUUAGUUGGUUAGGGAUGAGUUUGUUAUGCAGUUGGUUACUGAAUGUUAGUUAUGAUGUAACUGUUUUGGGUUCAGUGGUGCAGCUUGGCAUGGUGAAUGAAAAGGAUUACCGUGAAGAUCCUCAAGACUACAAUCAUGGCAUACCACCAUUAAAGCGAUCAGAACCAAAUAUUCCUGUUGAUGUUCUUCUUGAGGCAACUAAGCCAAUCCAUCUGUUCCCUUGGGAUUCAGAAACAGACUUGAUCUGCAAAAACCGAGACUUCCCUCAGUCCACCCUCGAGUUUGAGUUAUUCAAACAGACAAAAAGAGAAAGCAAAAUAUCAGUGUUCCAAGAAGUUAAGUCCCUCACAGGAAUUUUAUCAAACAAAAACUUUGCAGUUUCCGUUUCACCAAAGAUAGAGUAG